UAAAUAAAAUUAAAGAAAGAAAGAAACUCGAGUAAACAUUGACUUGGGGUGUUGAGUGUAAGCGCAGAGACUUGCAUUUAGAGUAUCUAGGGGAAGAAUUUCGGGGAACAACCAUUGACAAAAAACAAAAAGAAAAAAGAAAAAAAAAAAAAAAGAAAAAACAGGCUCUCUUUUCUUUCUUUCUUCUCACUUUCUAACAGUACCAUAAAUCCUAAAAUCCAAACUCUGUAUUUCGGUGCCCAACAAAUUGUUGCAACUCUGCUUCAGCUCAUCUAACCCUAGAAAUCAUUCGAUCCACUCCACUCCACUCUAAUCCAACCUAAUAUUUCUGCUCUGUUAACCCUAAAUUCCCAAUUUUUAUCAAAUAAAAAGGGUAAAUAGAUCUCAAAUCUACUCUUUCAUUUGGAGUUAUGGACAAGGGUGUAGGCUUAGAAGCUUUAUCAGAUAUGGAUGAUCUGGCAACCACAUUUGCAAAGUUGAACAGAGUUGUUACUGGACCAAGACAUCCAGGUGUUAUUGGUGAUAGAGGAUCUGGAUCUUUUUCAAGAGAAAGUUCAUCUGCCACUGAUUGGGCACAAGAUGAAGAACUCGCUAGUUGGUUAGAUCAGCAGAUGUUUGAUAUUGAAAAUACUCAGGAAGGCAAGAGAUGGUCAUCACAACCCCAGCCUUUGUCAGGCCGGUUUUCAGAAUCAAAACCUUUGUACAGAACUUCCUCGUAUCCCCAGCAGCAACCACAGCUGCAUCGCUAUUCAAGUGAACCAAUUCUUGUACCUAAAUCAAAUUUCACUUCAUUCCCUCCUCCUGGUGUCAGAAAUCAACAGAUCUCACCAGAUCUCUUUAAUAACCAUUCUCUUGUUAGUGGACCACAGCCAUUUUCUUCUUCAAAUCUUUCUCCUUUGUCCAACUCUAGUCUUCAUUUGGCUGGCAUACAUCAUGAUUUAAAUUACCGUGGAAAUAUGUCCCCAAUAACCUCUUCUGGCCUUUCUUUUAAUAACAGGCCACUAAAUCAUUGGGUUAACCAUGCUGGCCUAUUACAAGUAGAUCAGUCUAGCCUCCUGCAGAGUAUAUUGCAGCAACAAUUAUCCCAGAAAAAUGGCCUAAUGUCUGCACAGUUGAUGCCACCGCAAAAACAGAGACUGCAUAGUUCAGGCCAACCAUCUUUGGCUCAUUUUGCAGCGAUGCAGUCUCAUCUUUAUAAUUCCCAUCCUUCAUCAGCACAUAAAAUGAUGCUUGGUUUAUCAGAUAUUAGGGAUCAAAAACACAAAUCAUCGCAUAAGGGCAGACACAAUGCACGUCUUCCUAAACAGGGCUCUGAUGUUAGCAGUCAGAAAAGUGAUAGUGGCUGGUUGCAAUUCAGAUCCAAGUAUAUGAUAGCUGAGGAGAUAGAAAGUAUUCUGAAAAUGCAGCAUGCUGCCACACACGGCAAUGACCCAUACAUAGAUGAUUAUUACCACCAAGCCAGUCUUGCCAAAAGAUCAGAUGGAUCAAGAGUAAAGAAACCUUUCUGCCCAUCGCAUAUGAAGGAACCCCCUUCUCGAAGUCGUAACAGCACAGACCAGCAGUCUCAUCUCCAUGUUAAUGCCCUGGGGAAGACUCCCCUAACUUCCAUACGUAUUCCGCAGCCUCUCCUUGAUGUUGAUCCGCCCCCCGGUUAUGGUGAUGGAAACUCUGAACAGAUCUCUGAAAGGCCUUUGGAACAGGAACCUAUGCUUGCAGCUAGGAUUGCUGUCGAAGAUGGCCUAUGGCUUCUUCUGGAGGUGGACGACAUUGAUCGAUUUCUACAGUUCAAUCAGCCCCAAGAUGGAGGGGCUCACCUUAGGCGUAAGCGUCAGACUAUGCUUGAAGGAUUAGCAGCAUCUCUUCAGCUUGUUGAUCCUCUUGGCCAGAGCGGGAAUACAGCUGGGAUGUCCUCUAAGGAUGACCUUGUGUUUCUGCGAAUUGUUUCUCUUCCCAAGGGUCGAAAGCUUAUUUCUAGGUUCGUUCAGCUUCUUUUCCCUGGUAGCGAACUCACCCGAAUUGUCUGCAUGGCUAUAUUCCGUCACUUGAGGUUUUUGUUUGGUGGAAUUCCUUCUGAUUCAGGAGCAGCUGAGACAACUAUGAAUCUCGUGGAGACUGUUUCUGCAUGUGUUAACAGCAUGGAUCUUCAUGCCCUGGGUGCUUGCCUUGUUGCAGUUGUUUGUUCUUUGGAGCAGCCACCAUUUCGGCCUCUUGGUAGUCCUUCUGGGGAUGGGGCCUCUGUUAUUUUGAAGUCUCUUCUUGAGAGGGCAAGUAAACUAUUAAAUGAUCCUCAGACAGCAGCCAGCCGUGCUGUGCCCAAUUUUGCCCUCUGGCAGGCAUCUUUUGAUGAAUUUUUUGAUCUUCUUACAAAGUAUUGCCUGAUCAAGUAUGAGACAAUACUCCAAUCAGUCUAUGCAAAGGACUCCUCUUGCCCAGAAGGUAUUGAAUUAGAGGUGCGAGCAGCUACAAAACGGGAAAUGCCUGUUGAGCUUUUACGUGCAUGCCUUCCUCAUACAAAUGAACGCCAGAUGGAGCUUUUAAGGCACUUUGGGCAGCAACGUAGUCCUAUUACAGGGUUCAAUGCACAUUCAGGGAGUAAUAACCACAUGAAUUCUGAAUCAGUGAGGAGUUGAUAGAGGAAAAGAAAACAAAACUAUGGAUAUAGAGUGGCUCUCUGAUCUCUCUCUUUGAUACUUUGGUGGAAUGAAGUUGCUUUAUUACUGGGAGUGGACAUGCGCCGCUUUAUUGGGGAAAUCAAUCCAAGGCUUAACUGCAUAAUUAUGUUUCCUUGAGAAGAUUACAAAGGAUGGUCUUCAACAUUGUGUAUUAUGAUCAAAGGUGAUUCCUGGGAGUUUUUGACUGGAAGUUUCAGAAUUGACUAUUUUGGUUGUAGCUGCAGGAAAAAUUACAAGCACAGGGGAUAGGUUGUACAGGGUGGUCUUAGAGGACCAUCAAAAGUCCUUUUCAUCUACCAUAACAAUUUGAAGACAAUUGUGUUUCAAAAGGUAAGAUGUACUUGCAGAGGGCUGUAAUAAUCAAGGAGAAAAAGAAAAAAAAAACUCGUUGGGGUUGUAAGAGAUAAAGUGUUAGAUUAAGGGAAUUGAUGAUCCUGAAUUAUAUUAGUUAAUUACUUCUUCCUAAAUUGCUCUUA